AUGAACAGAAAGAAUCCAGUAAGAGAUGCAGGCUCUAUUCUCAGAGAUAAAUACAUUACCUCUCAUCUGAACGAGAGUUUGAAGAUUGAUCAUGAAUAUCCUCCUCUCCAGAAGGUGGGAGGGAUAAAAUAUCUACUACCAAAGAUAACAGAGCUUGUAUACAACCCACUGUUUGCUAGGGCGAAGUAUGACGAGAUUGGGAUCCAUCCGCCCAGUACUCUCCUGCUGCAUGGUGUUUCUGGGGUUGGGAAGACGUUUCUUGUAAACUGCAUAAGCCAGGAGUACAAGCUUCCGAUUGUCAAGGCGUGUGUAGACUCCGAUAAGGAGCUUCGUGAGUCAUUCAGGAAGUCAUCCUUACUCGAGAAGUCGAUUGUGCUCAUUGAAGACAUCGACACUUUAGGAGAGGAUGAUAAGAAGGUGAUAUCCCAGCUUUCCGAGUAUCUUGAGAACUACAAAGGAAAGUCGAUUGUGAUUGCUACUGCUCGAAACCCCGCAUUUAUUCAUGAAAGUCUCAACAAGUUUGAAAAUUCGCUACUGGUGAAAAUACCAACGACAUCGGAGAGGAGAGAGAUCUUGGCCAGUAUUACCGACAGAAUGAAAUGCCAGGAUAUUGACUGGCUGGAACUUGCAAAACUUAUGCCAGGAUUUGUUGGAAGAGACUUGAAGAGAGCCCUUAAGAUUGCUUCUACAAAAGCCGUGACUGACGGAUCACAUGUUAUCCGGAUGGUGGACUUUGAGAUGGCGCUAAAGGAGAUAAGGUGGAAGGGCACAGACAUCACCUUUGAUAGUAUUGGAUCUCUUGAGGAAGUCAAAGACGAGCUCAACAUGAGCAUCAUCUUUCCGUCCCGAUUUCCAGAGAAAUUCCACAAGCUUGGGAUCACAAGGCCUUCUGGAAUACUUCUUUAUGGACCUCCUGGAUGUGGAAAAACAUUACUUGUUCGGGCUGUGUCGAACAUGAGCCAUUGCAACUUCUUGAGCAUCAAAGGCCCAGAGCUCAUAAGUAAAUAUGUUGGGGAUUCAGAGAAGGAGAUAAGGAAGCUGUUUGAUAAAGCUAAGCAGCUACAGCCAUGCGUGUUGUUUUUUGAUGAGAUAGAUUCCCUUUGUGGAGAGAGGAAUGGAAACGAAUUCACCAGUCGCAUAGUCAAUCAGAUAUUGACGCUCUUGGACGGGCUUGAUGAUAGAGGAGAUGUGUAUGUAAUUGGAGCCACCAACAGAAUCGAGAGCAUUGAUAAGGCCAUAUUACGUCCUGGAAGAUUCGACAAGAUUCUUAAAGUCCCCCUACCAUCUAGAGAAGGAUGCGUGGAUAUAUUUAGAAAGUGCACCAAGGGAAUACCCAUCGAGCCCUUUGAUUUUGAAGGAUUAGAUUUGGAAGGGUUUAGUGGAGCAGAAAUAGCAGGUUUAAUUAGAGAUGCAGCAAUGUUAUGCCUGAAACGCAACUUCAAUGCAGAUUCUUUUUUAAUAUCCAAAGUGGACAUCUUGGAAGCGUUGAAGGCCGCAAGAGUUACCAAGGACUUCCGGUAG